AUGGUGGUGGAGCAGUACGUAGCCAGAUUUGCAGAGCUCUCUAGGUACGCGCCUCACAUCAUUAACACCGAGGCGCAAAAGGCUGCUAAAUUUGAAAGUGGCCUUCGGCCGGAUAUCAGAGGGAAAGUGCUGUCGGCCAACCUGAAGUCAUACGCCCCACUGAUAGACCUUGCCUUGAAGAUUGAGAGGGACUGCAAGGACCACAGAUCGAAGAGUGAAGGAAAGAUGAAGGUUGUGCCAUCGGGGAGGUUUGGGAAGAAGCCCCGACAAUUCCCAAGAAGGGAUAUUAGAGGAAGGCCCUACCAGCUCAAUCAGAGGACUCAAAAGAAUCUCUCGAGCAACAUGAAGAAUGACCAACACCCGACCUAUCCUCACUGCGGGAAGGACAACCACAUAGCUGCUGAAUGCUACAGGAAGUAG